GCAGGGCUCAGGAGGGGGCACGAGCAUGGAGCGGCUUUGGGGUCUACUCCAGAGAGCGCAAAGGUUGUCCCCAGGACCCUCUCAGACCAUCUACAAGCGUGUGGAGGGCACCCAGCAGGGGCCCCUGGAGGAGGAAGAGGAAGAAAGGGAGGAGGGGACCGAGCUACCGGCCCACUUCUUCCCCAUGGAGCUGAGGGGCCCCGAGCCCCUGGGCUCUCGACCAGCUCGGCAAAACCCCAGACUCUGGGCAGCAGCAGGACGAAGAGCCGCCCCCUACCUGGUCCUGACAGCCCUACUGAUCUUCACUGGGGCCUUCCUCCUGGGCUACGUGGUCUUCCGGGGGUCCUGCCAGGCAUGUGGGGAUGACGUGAUGGUGGUCAGCGAGGACGUGAACCAUGAGCUGGGCCCGGACUCCCACCAGGGCACAUUGUACUGGAGCGACCUCCAGGCCAUGUUUCUGCGGCACCUGGGGGAGGGGCGUCUGGAAGAUACCAUCAGGCAAACCAGCCUUCGGGAAAGGGUAGCCGGCUCGGCCGGGAUGGCAGCCCUGGUUCGGGACCUCCGCGCACUGCUCUUGCGCCAGAAGCUGGACCACGUGUGGAUGGACACACACUACGUGGGGCUGCAGUUCCCAGACCCGGCUCACCCCAACGCCCUCCACUGGGUGGAUGCCGCCGGGAAGCACGGGGAGCAGCUGCCACUGGAGGACCCGGACGUUUACUGCCCCUACAGCGCCACGGGCAACGCCACGGGAGAGCUGGUGUACGCCCACUACGGGCGGCCGGAGGACCUGCAGGACCUGCGGGCCCGGGGCGUGGAGCCGAAGGGGCGCCUCCUGCUGGUGCGCUUGGGGGUGAUCAACUUUGCCCAGAAGGUGGCCAGUGCCCAGGACUUUGGGGCCCAAGGAGUGCUCAUAUACCCGGACCCGGCAGACUUCUCCCAGGGCCCACACAAGCUCAGCCUGUCCAGCCACCGGGCUGUGUAUGGACAUGUGCACCUGGGAACGGGAGACCCCUACACACCUGGCUUCCCUUCCUUCAAUCAAACCCAGUUCCCUCCGGUCCAGUCCUCAGGCCUCCCUAUCAUCCCAGCCCAGCCCAUCAGCGCGGACACUGCCUCCCUCCUACUGAGGAAGCUUGAAGGCCCUGUGGCCCCCCAGGAAUGGCAGGGGCACCUCCCAGUCUCCCCUUAUCGCCUGGGCCCUGGGCCAGGCCUGCACCUAGGGGUCAACAACCACAGGGCCUCCACCCCCAUCAGCAACAUCUUUGGCUGCAUCGAGGGCCGCUCAGAGCCAGAUCACUAUGUUGUCAUUGGGGCCCAGAGGGAUGCAUGGGGCCCAGGAGCAGCCAAGUCCGCUGUGGGGACCGCCAUACUGCUGGAGCUGGUGCGGACCUUUUCCUCCAUGGUGAGCAAUGGCUUCCGGCCCCGCAGAAGUCUUCUCUUCAUCAGCUGGGAUGGUGGUGACUUUGGGAGUGUGGGCUCCAUGGAGUGGCUGGAGGGCUACCUCAGCGUGCUGCACCUCAAAGCCGUAGUCUAUGUGAGCCUGGACAACGCAGUGCUGGGGGAUGACAAGUUCCACGCCAAGACCAGCCCCCUUCUGAUCAGCCUCAUCGAGAACAUCCUAAAGCAGGUGGACUCUCCUAACCGCAGUGGCCAGACCCUCUUCGAGCAGGUGGUGUUCAACAAUCACAGCUGGGAAGCUGAGGUGAUCCGGCCGCUACCCAUGGACAGCAGUGCCUAUUCCUUCACGGCCUUCGCGGGGGUCCCUGCCGUUGAGUUCUCCUUCAUGGAGGAUGGCCCGGUGUACCCGUUCCUGCACACGAAGGACGACACCUAUGAGAACCUGCACAGGGUACUGCGGGGCCGCCUGCCUGCCGUGGCCCAGGCUGUGGCCCAGCUCGCCGGGCAGCUCCUCAUCCGGCUCAGCCACGAUCACCUGCUGCCCCUCGACUUCGGCCGCUAUGGGGAUGUGGUCCUCAGGCACAUCGGCAGCCUCAAUGAGUUCUCUGGGGACCUCAAGGCCCGCGGGCUGACCCUCCAGUGGGUGUACUCGGCGCGGGGGGACUACAUCCGGGCGGCCGAGAAACUGCGGAAGGAGAUCUACAGCUCGGAGGAGAGCGACGAGAGACUGACGCGCAUGUACAACGUGCGCAUUAUGCGGGUAAUGAGAAGAGGAGAAAGUAGAGGUCGAACCCUGGGGCUGCCCACAGGUGGGAGCAGAAGGAACCGGAGAGGUGGGAGAACUGGGCUAGGAGCGCGGCCAUCUCAGGAGAGACCGACAGCAUCUGAGUCAAGAGGGUGGAGUUCUACUUCCUGUCCCAGUACGUGUCGGCGGCCGACUCACCGUUCCGCCACAUCUUCCUGGGUCGCGGAGACCACACGCUGGGUGCCCUGCUGGACCACGUGCGGCUGCUGCGCUCGAGUGGCCCCGGGGCCCUUGGGGAGGAGGCCCAGGUGGCGCGGGGCCUGGGCUUCCAGGAGAGCCGCUUCCGGCGCCAGCUGGCCCUGCUCACCUGGACGCUGCAGGGGGCAGCCAACGCGCUGAGCGGGGACGUCUGGAACAUCGAUAACAACUUCUGAGGCCCGUGGGCUGGUGGGGGCGGGGCACAUGCCCCUGCCCCCUGCCAAGAGCGCCUGCUCUCCUCUCGGGUGAUUUCUGGGUGACCGAGAUGCCUGUGCACCAUCUCCCGUUGCUGACUCAUUUUUAGCCCUUACCGUACCUCCAAGGGCCGCAGCAAUGACGCCAACGCAGACACCCACACACCCCAGGCCCUGCAACGUAGGAGUAGGUGAGCAGUGCCUUCCAUAAUGGGAUGGUCAUACUGUCAGCUAAUCAGGGAGCGGCAUCUGCUCUCUCAAUCACAGCCCCUUCCUCUGCAGGAGCAGGGUCCCCCCCACUACAGCUAGAGACCACUCUGGAAGGUUUCCUAGGCCCUGGGACCUGCCCAGCCUUCUUGGUGGGAAAGAUCCGCUGGGACCAUAACUUUAUGGCCAACCCGUGUCCUGCAGCGGGAGGGGCUGGGGUUUGAACCUCAAUAAACCACCUGUGGCAUC